AUUAGAGGAAAAACCUUCAAAUCGAGAGGGAAGAAAAAUCAAAAUCUGAAAGGAGAACAAGAUAGAACGACAGGAGAGAAAGCUUCUAAAAGAAAGAAAACACUUUAAAAUAAGAAGGAAGACUACAAAACGCGAAGGUAAAAAAUAUUCAGAGCGAGACGAAGAAUCAAAACAAGAAGGAAAAUAAAAAUCUGAGAGGAAAAAACAGCGAGGGCCACGUCUGCCACCUUGCGGGAGUCCUGUGGUGACGCGCGGCAACUAGCGCGGCACUGGCUCGAGGUCUUGGUGACACUCGAGCCCUCAGUGUCACUUCGGGUCACGCAGAGGUCGGACGGGUCGCGGCGAGCCUCAGAACAUUGCACACGCGUCUCGGGGAACAUUACUUAUCGUUGAGUGUACAUCGGGUGUGCGUUACUGUGCGUGUGCGUGUGUGUGUGUGAUUUAAUCAGGCCGGACUUCUUGGGAUUGAUGUGCGUGCGGCUGAGCGAACUGCGGCGUGAUUACAUGCACGUGUGUGAGUGACGUGCGGGAGGGAGGGUGUGUGCCACACAGACCACGCCAUGGGGAAGAGGAGCCACGCCUCUCACCACACUUCCAGGGGCGCCACCACUCCACCACACGCCCCACGCGGCUCCCACGCCUCCCCGCCCACGACUAGAAGUCCACAAAGCUCCCCGCACAAGAGGCGCCGCGGGGAAGCCAUCCUCCCCUCCAAAACCAGCGCCUCGGACACCGCCAUGACCUCCACCAAGACCCUGACGAUGCUGACCUCGCUAGACGUGCUGGAGGGCGGCGGGGAGGUGCUGCGGCUGGGGUCCUCUGAAGGCAUCAAGCAGGAGGAGGACGGGGAGGCUGCGGGGUACACCAGCCACGCCCCGCCGCCCAGGACUCUGCCAGCCACCACCUCGCCGCCACCCACGUCAACCUCUGAGAUGUCCUCCUCCUCCUGCUACCCUGCCUUCACCUCUCCGCCAGUCACCUCCUCCCCGCCAGCGCCACUCUCGGCCCUCUACAGCCCCUCGCAGGUCGCCGUUUCCUCCCCCACGUGCCCGCCUCCCUCAGGAGCCGCGCCCUACACCAGUGACUCCCUGGGCCAGCUGGGAGGCAAGCAGCGGUGCCACGCCAACGCCAGGGAGAGGGACAGGACGCACAGAGGCCCCACACUGAACACCGGAUCGUGUCUUCCCAGCGUGAACAGUGCCUUCAGUACCCUUCGGACCCUUAUUCCCACCGAGCCAGCCGACCGCAAGCUCUCCAAGAUCGAAACCCUCCGCCUCGCCUCCUCCUACAUCAGCCACCUGGGCACGCAGCUCCUGGCAGGUCCCGUGGAACAGCCGUGUUUGCGCCACUCCCAGUACAACUACACCGGCACGGGGGAGCGGCGCCCCGUCUGUACCUUCUGCCUCGCCUCCCUCAAGAAACAGAGUGGGUGGGCAGGACACUCUUUGCUUUAUUGA